AUGAAAUUCCACGAUACAGCUUGUACAAAAUUAAUGGAAGCAAGUCAGUGGAUGAUUUUUUAUGAUCAACUAAAUACGAAAAUUAACACGAAACAAGAAUUUUCGUUUCUGUCUUAUUUGCCGUAUCCGUUGAUUAGUUUUCAUCGGUUCUUUGCUGGCAGUGUUAAACCACGGCUCGAAUAUGCAAGGAUGGAUUAUGAGGCUUAUUUGGAGUUUAAACGAAAUGAGGGCAUAGUAUUGAGCGUUCUCUCUCAACUUCCAGCAAAUUUAAAACGAGAUUUCAACAAAAACACUUUCAUUACUAUUGUUCUUCCAUAUCUAAUGAAAAUAAUAUCGUCACCGGAUAUCAAAACACCACACGAAAAGCAGAUCAUAGCGAAUAUAGUAAAUAUCAUGGUGACGUUUGAUCUUCAAUAUGUCAAAGAACGAAAUGAAGAUGGUCAAUUGGUAUUUAGACUUGAACCGCCACUUGAUCGCUUACUACAGUUCUUUAAUAAAAAUAACAAAUUCGGGGGUCAACAACAGUCAUUUCGUCAGAUCGUGUCUCAUGAAAUUGAACUAGCAAAAAUUCGAAAACAUGCUGUAAAUACGACAAAGACAUUUGACCCUAAAUUGAGAGCUAAACCAGGAGAGUACAGUAUAAUGGAGCAAUCACCAAUUGAAAUCAAGCCUCCAGUGGAUUUCUUUGGCAGGCCUAUUACAACAGCUUCCAAGAUAUCCAAAGAAGGAAAAAAGAAUAAAGAUGAUACUUCGUCAACUAUCUGGUUUCGGUAUAAUGAAUCAUCUUCUACUGCUGUACGAACAUACCCGCGUGUUAACGAGUUUCUUGCUGCAGAUUUAUAUUCGUAA